UUUAUUUCAGAUCACAAAGAGGCCUCACAAGCUUGAAGUCUAAAAACAUCAAUGACAAAUGCGCAGGCUGCAGCAAUAUCCAAAAGUGAAGCGGCUGUAGUGUCGGCUAUGACUAAUGUGUACUUUGCUGCACAACAUACUCUCGCAUCAUCGUUGGUUCCAGACCUGAACAGAUUGUGUGUCUUGCAGGGUGCAACCCAGCUCAAUGACCUUCGAGUUUACAGCCACACGUCAUAUGAACACAGCUGCGGUGUGUCGGAAUUUCAAAACUGUAUGGCAGACGUUCUGAGGAGUGAUCUUCUCCAGAAGAUACAAGACAUCAUUAAGUACAGUAUCAUGAUCGAUGAGAGCACAGACAUUUCAGUGAAGCAAAAUUUAGUGACCUAUGUUAGACUUUUGGAAACUGAUGAGUUUGGAAUGGCUGAACUUCAAAGAGCAAAUGCAGAGAGCAUAUAUGAGAAUGUAGUUAAUUUGCUUGGUAGAAAGGGAAUUGACAUUCAACAUCUCUCAGAAAUUCUAUUAAAAUUGAUAACUUGGAGAACUUGUUGAUUUUGUCCAUAGACAGCCCACCAAUGGAAAAGCUUGAUUUCAAACGUGCUUUCAAGAUUCGGGCUGGAUUGAAAUUGAGGCGGAUUAUGGCCUUCAGCUAAAAUGUAUGUUCAGGAUAUCAUGUGCUCAUGUAAUGUAAAUUUAUCAUGUGCUUAUUUUAUGAACAUUUGCUUGAGAA